AUGUUGCCACCAUUCACGUCAGUAUUAUGGGUGCCAGGCGAGAAUUUCAAGGUCCCCGACUGGUUCCUGAGCAGGCACAAGGACUACAAGGACGGCCGCUACUCGCAGGUCGUGUUCAACGGACUCCACAUGAAGAUGCGCCACCACCUCGAGCGCCUCAAGACGAUCAGGUCCACCGGCAAGGCAAGGCGUGGGACCAGAGUGUGCGCCCUCGUCUUUGCGCCUUCAUGCCAGGAGUGCAGGGAGGUGAAGGAGAAGUUUGAGAAGACAGCAGAGGAGCUUGUGGGCAUGAUGGUGCAUGGCGUCAUGGCAUGGAUGGUCUGCACGUGCAUGGAGUAUAUGUGUUGCCCCCCAUGCGCUCACUCUCUUAUCUCCCUCUCCCCCCCUUCAUCCGCCCAUAUCUUCCCUCAUCCCAACAAAUCUUUAGGGGAGUGGACAUGCAUGCACACAGAUGAAGAUGCCACCAGUCUCGCAAUCAAGUACGGGGCGAAGGAGCCGUGUGGAGAGACGCUGCUCUUGCCCUUGGGAGACGACAAGGAGGAGAACGAACCUGAGGUGAGCUCACUUCACAUGCCGGGGAUGAUGCGCCAUCUUCACUUGUCUGUGCCAUGUCAAAACGCGAUUUCCUUUCCCAUUGUUUCCCUUCCUUCUCCUCAUCCCUUGGAAGACGUCAAAGAGGAGAAUGAGCCCGAGGUGGGCUCACAUCUUCGGAAUGAUGACACCGUAACUUCUUCGACAUUUGUCCAAUGCUCCAAGCGUAGAGCCGCCUUCUCGCUGCCAUGUGCCAUUUCCCACUCAUCUGUGCCAUGUCAACAUGCUAGUUCCUUUCUCACCCCUUCUCAUUCCUUCGCCUCAUCCAUCCUUCUUCCCCGCCCCCACCAAAACCACCCCUCACCAGCGCAUGCGUCCUGUAAUGUAACGGCCUCCCUCAAGGCGCUGACGUCAGCGGUGUAUGCCCUUGCGCCCGACUCCUUUGUGCGCCACAUCACUGCCUACUCACUCGAGCUCUUUGCUCGCACCAACCCGCUGCAGCCCAAGUCUCUGGUACACCAGAGCAAGGCAUGA